AGAGAGAAGGAUUUUUCUUUUCAAAAAAAUAUACACAAAUUUAAACACAAUAUCACACACACAUGAACUCUCACACACACAAGUCAUCCAAUUCUAGCAAAACACAUAAUACUGAUAAAACUUCCUUUACACUCCCACAAAUCUCGAUCACCACCUAUACACAACUAUAUAAAUGGGUCUCCCGGCAAAGCUUAGCAAAAGACCCACCGUUUCCGACAACCUUACUUCCGGCACCGGGGACGGUAGUGAAGGUUGGGGCAUGGGUUUCUUUUUAGUCUUUUUCCCACAAGAAAACCAUCAUAAUAAUAAUAAUAAUAAUAAUAAUAAUAAUAAUAACCAAAAGGAUCAUUUCAUUUCUUCAUCACCAUUUAAAUCUUGUUUCAUAAAACGCACAAGUAAUAAUUAUUCAUCUCAUUUGUUGUCAAGAGCACAAUCAACUAUUUCUAUUUGUGCUCUUUUGAUCUUUUGCACACUUCUUUUAUUCACACUUUCAACUUUCGAACCCAAUAAUAAAUUUAUCAAAACGUCGUCUGGUAAAUUUACUAGACGACAUCUUUCUCAAUCAUAUGUACCGACAAAAAAUUCACUUACUGCGUUACAAGGUCUAGGAACCUUGUAUACGCGAGGUACGAGGCCAAUGAGUGGCCUCAUACUUUGUCAUGUGACUGAACAUGUCACGUUACUAGAAAUUAAAAUGUUUUUACGCGCAUUUUAUUCUUCCGGUUUACUAUCCAAAACAGACCUUUUGUUCGUCUUUCAUACGACUACAACUCCCGAGUCGUUUGAUAAUGUUAUUCGAGAAGAGAAUCGUAUUUUCAUCAACCUCAUUAAUCGGUAUAAAACCGAAUUGAGCAAUGGGGUGAACAUUUCGGAUAUUCGGGCAAGUUUCAACGUGACCCAGUUUGUGAAAACGGGCCACAGUGAGUCUCAAAAAGAGCCCAUUUGGGGUAAAAAAGUUAAAAACGCUUUAAAUUCUUCGAAAUCAGGUAAUGGUGGUGAGACUGAGUCGACUCGGGCGAGUUACGGGUCGGUUGUGGGUUUUGGUGUCGGUGAGCUCGACCCUGAAAACUCGUUAUCCGGGUUUGUAGACCACGUUUCAAUGAAUCUAAGAAGGUGGGCGUGUUACCCCAUGAUUUUAGGGCGACUUCGUAGAAAUUUCAAGCACGUGAUGUUAGUGGAUGUAAAAGAAGUUUUACUACUUGGUGACCCGUUGACCCGAGUCAAAUCUCGAAGUCCUGAGUCCGUGUUGUUUUAUUCACAGUCGACUAAACAUAACCGUAAAACAUCAGACAAAAAACCCAUAAAUCCUACGGUUAUAAUGGGCGGUGCACGUGGUGUGCGGCGGUUAUCCGCCGCAAUGCUGACAGAGAUUGUCAGAAUGACGAUGCAUUCUAAAAAGAAGCCUGUUGUAUCAGAAUCGGCCUUGUUAAACAGACUAGUGAACAACGAGUUUUUACAAAAGGGCGUGCAUGUAAUGAACUCGGGUGAGUCAAUACACGAAGCGAGUUCACUCGGGUUAGCAAAUCAUAGCAUUAUAAGGCGUGGAAAUAAUAAUCUAGAUAUCGAAUUUAUGAAGCAUAUUUGUUCAUUUACAAUAGAGGCCGAGGUUUAUACAGAAUGUGGAAAGGUACAAGCUCUUUAGCGUAUAGUAUUUACUUACAUUUUUAUUUUAGAUUUUUGUUUUACAGGAUACCACUUGUGGUCAAAGCAUUUUUGUAAUUAUUUUUAAUUGUUUUUAUAUACAAUAAAAUGUGCUACUGGAUUUGGCCAGCUAA